UCAACUCAGCUGUCAGAAAUCUGACAGCAGGGUGGAUUGAUUUUUGUCGCAGUAGCAGUGUUUUUAAUAAAUUAUAAUUCAUAGAGAGCAUCUCAGUGCGAGUUUUGGUGGUCUCCAUGAACGUUUAACAGUUAUUUAGCUGUUUUAACCUCUAUCGUGGUCCCUGAGACACUAGGCAGUCCACCAUGCCAGGAACAAACUUGAUAGUACCGGUGGUCUUAUGGGGCAAGCACGCCCCAACCCACUGCGUGUCCUCAGUCUACCUCUCCCGGGACCAGAAGACCCUGGUGACGGGCUGCUACGAUGGCCAGAUCUGUAUAUGGCAGGUGGACCCUGAGAGCUUGAAGAUGACUCCGCGGUGCUUGCUUGUUGGGCAUACUGCUCCGGUUACGUGCUUGUCAAGAGCUUCUAUUAUACAGGACAACAAUUUUAUAGUAUCAUCAUCGGAAGCCGGUGAGAUGUGUACCUGGGACCUGGUGGAUGGCAAAUGCAGGGAGAGCGUCAAACUAUCACAGAUACACACAAAUAUACAGGCUUACCACAUGUGCAACAGCGAGGAUCUCCGUCUCUUCUGCAACGGUUACUACGCAGAGAUUCUUAUCAUGGACCCCUUCUCACUGGAGAUACUCUUCUCUCUGAGCUCCAAGAUGAAUCCGGAUUGGAUAUCGGCUUUGCAUGUGCUUCGUCCAUCUUCCAGAAAGGACGAUGUGGUUCUUGCUAUAUCCAUCACAGGGACUGUAAAAGUCUGGUCUCUCCUAGGCCAUGAGAACAAGCAAUCGGAGCCGAUAUACGAGAACGAAUCGAAACAGAUCCGUUGUCUCAACGCGCUGUCGCUCAACUGCUGCGCCUACAACCAGCGCACUGUUCUCAUCGUGUGCGCCAAGUAUUGUCAGAUAUAUGACGCUGGCGAUUUCUCGGUGCUAUGUUCGAUACAAGCGCCCUCUGGUGAGCGUUGGAUGUCGGGUGACUUUCUAGCGCCGGACAGAGUGUUAGUCUGCUCAACUGAAGGCAAAGGAUACUUAUACAAGUUGCCCGCCAACAAACUGCGUGGCCGGGCUAUCAGUAGUUCAGUACCGGAUCACAAAGGUUUUCACGGACCCACAGUGGACCACGACAGUCCCGUCCUGUUCGGAAUACUUGGACACCCUGAUAACAAGCUGCUAUCAUGUCCCCCUGCCAUGCGUUUCGUCAUCACCUCAGCUGGCGGCAAGCACCGGCGCCUGUUGCUACGCGGCGACUCCGCUGGUGUUGUCUCUGUGUGGAACGUCGACGAUGCUGCUGUGCCCACUAUUAAUCAGAUGCUGACCCACGCCCCAAUCGUGGUCACAAGUCUGGACAUAGCGUGGGCUGAGAUGAAUCCCAGCCCAGUUGGUAUCCUGGACCAGCUGAACCACCCUGAGGAACAAGAAAUAAAACUUACAGCAUCGAUAUACCUGUUGGCAGCCAACAGAUUGGUUGUCGGUCGUGAAGACGGCUCUAUAGUGAUAGUGAACGCAACGCAUACAGUGCAGUUGCAGUUGCUGCAUGGAAACCACCAGCAGUUGGACGACUGGCCUCCCCACCAACUGUUGCUGGGUCACAACGGACGCGUUAACUGUCUGCUGUACCCACACCAUGUGCACCAAAGAUACGACAAAUCCCACUUGGUAUCCGGUGGUAUAGACUUCGCUGUGUGUCUGUGGGACUUGUUCAGCGGCGCGUUGUUGCAUCGCUUCUGCGUGCACGCCGGCGAGAUCACACAGCUUAUAGUGCCGCCGCACAACUGUAGUUCCCGAAUCCAGAAAUGCAUCUGUUCAGUCGCUUCCGAUCAUAGCGUGACAUUGUUAAGUCUCUCGGAGCGGAAGUGCGUGACCCUCGCCUCCCGCCACCUGUUCCCCGUGGUCAGCAUCAAGUGGCGUCCCGCCGACGACUUCAUGGUGGUCGGCUGCAGCGACGGAACCGUCUUCGUGUGGCAGAUGGAGACAGGGCAUCUGGAUAGGGUGUUGCAUGGUAUGAUCGCUGAAGAAGUAUUGGCGGCGUGUGAUGAGGCGAUAGCUGAUGACCUUGGCGGGUCAUUGUCGACUGGAUCCAGUGAUGGCUUGGCGAAUCCUGCUGUGCACUUCUUCAGGGGUCUCCGGCACCGCAACCUGACGGCGAUGCGCGCGGCCACGCAGCGCGGGCUGGCGGCCCUGCAGCACAGCGGGCCGGCCGGCAGCGCGGGCCCGCUGGCCGAGCCCGCCCGCGCCCGCCGCGCGCAGCUCACCGUGCAAGGGUUCCGCUCCAACCCGGCAGACCCUGAAAGCCACAUCCUGUUCUUCGACAUCGAGGGUCUGAUUGUGGAGCUGCUCAGCGAGGAGUACUCCGCCAUGAGUCCUGCUAGUCUCGAGGCGGCGGGUCUGAUCACGAGCGAGUACAUGAAGGUGGCAGCACUGACGCAGUCGGCCAGCCCGGACGCCACCAAGAGAAUAUCAGGUAUACUGGCUAAAAUGAAAGAGGGUGCUGAGAAUAUGCAAACAAAACUGCAAGCGAAAGCUGAGCAAUUGAAAGGCAAUGUCGACAGCAAAGAAGAGGCGAAUCAGAGCAAGCGACAGAGGCCCCGUGAUAUCUCCCUGGCGGAACCCCCUCACACCAUGGAGAUCGCACAGAUUCUCAUCUCGCUACUCCACGCCUGGGGCCUGGACCCGGACCUCGACAGGGUCUGCGAAUCCAAGUUGGGACUUCUGAGACCAAUGGUCCCAGUCUGCUUCGGCGUGGUCUCCCGUCACGGGCACAUGGCUGUCCAGCUCCCGACCUGGCUCGGCAGCUGGGCGGACGCCUGCGCCUCCGCCCCUGAUGACCCGCUGCUGGUGACCUCCGAUCUGCCUCCCGAAUUAUUGAGACAGGAGAAGUUGACCAGACUAUUCUCAUCGAAGCUCCACUGGGAGCUGAGCACGACCCUGACCACGAACCACCUCCUCUCCAUCGUGGCGCUCGCUAACACCCUCAUGUCCAUGAGCAACGCCAGCUUCGUGCCGGAGCAGGAGGUCAUCAGGAGACUGCACAGACCGUCCACCAGGAGCUCGUCUUCCUGGGCAGCUGAUGAGGAACGAGAGGAACAGCUGGCAGCCCAGCAGGCUCACAUCAAACAGGGCUGGUCCCUCCUCGCCACGCUACACUGCGUGCUACUGCCAGACAAGGUCGUUGCUGCUGGUGCUAAGAGCUUCAAGCGGCCACAGGUUGAGAUGUUGGCGCGACGCUGGCAACACCACUGCCUCGAGGUUCGGGAAGCGGCGCAGGCGCUGCUACUCGCUGAACUUGGCAGACUCGGUCCAAAAGGCCGUAAGACAUUAGUGGACAACUGGGCUCAGUUCUUGCCGCUAUACACGCACACCGAGAGCAUCAACCCUCACGCCACGCAGAAGGAACCGGCAGAGAAGCUCGUCGCUAACCAAGAAGAAGAGUUUGAAGAGGAAGAAGAGGAGAUAGUCCGAAAACCUUCCUCGUUGGCGGAGCUCAAGAGGAAGCAGACCACAGCCGUCGUCCUGCUGGGAGUGAUAGGCGCAGAGUUUGGACAGGAUAUCACCAGCGAAGGGGCGGCAGGGAAUAAGCGGCGCAAGGACGGAGACAGCCGAAAGAGUUCUGUGGUUGAAGGAUUCACUCUGAGCUCGUCUAACAACCUGGCCCGCCUCACAGCGCUGGCCCUCACUCACCUGCUCCUAUCCUCGGCGUGUCCUCGCCUGCCCGCGCACACGCCGCUCCGCCGCGCCGCCGUCGACCUCCUAGGGAGAGGGUUCACUGUAUGGGAGCCUUAUUUGGAUGUCAGCCAUGUUUUGUUGGGCUUGCUGGAGAUGUGCUGUGACGCUGACAAGCUGGUCCCCUCCAUGACGUACGGGCUGCCGCUCACGCCGCAGGCCGACUCCUGCCGCACCGCCAGGCACGCACUCACACUCAUCGCUACUGCCAGACCUGCUGCCUUCAUCACGACCAUGGCCCGUGAGGUGGCUCGCUGCGCGGCGGCCGCUCAGGGCGGGCAGCCCUCCGCCGCCUACCUCGCGCUGCAGAAGGGCCGCGCCGAGGUGUUGCGGGGAAUCGAACUGCUCAUCGACAGGAUGCACAAUGAGGUCGCUGAGUUGUUGGUCGAGGUGAUGGACAUAAUCCUGCACUGCGUGGACCAGUCUCACCUGAAGAGUAAGGGCCUGAACGAGGUGUUCCCCGCCAUCUGUCGGUACAACCAGGUAUCACACUGCCCAGCUACUAGGAGGAUUGCAGUUGGCAGUCAUACCGGCCAGCUAGCCAUGUACGAGCUCCGCGCGGGCCGCUGCCAGUCGCUGGCGGCCCACAGCGGGCCCGUCACGGCCUGCGCCUUCAGCCCCGACGGGCGCUACCUCGUGUCAUACGCGACGGCUGAUAACAGGCUGUCGUUCUGGCAGAGUACCGCCGGUAUGUUCGGUCUCGGCGCCGCCCAGACUCGUUGCGUGAAGUGCUACAGCACAGCGCCGAUGGCGGACGUCGCGAGGCUCAACCCCGCCCGCCUCGCGCGCCUCGUCUGGACUAACUCUAGGACCGUCACCCUCAUGCUCGCUGAUGGAUCCGAAACCAGGUUCAAUGUGUAAAAUGUGGAAUAGGAGUUGUAGAGAGGAACUUGAUAUCUAGGGCAAUAUAUGAUUUGUAGAAAUUACCUACCAUAAUAAAUUGGUUAUUAUAUUUAUUUUGUGUUGUAUCUAUUGGCAAAGCUUGUGAUGUUACCCGCAGAUAGAAAGCCUAAAUGAAUUGAUGAGUAAAAAAGUUAUAUGUGUAGAUCAAUUUUGUUAAAAAAUAAAAUGACUUAUUUUAAUGAGUUUAAGAUGAAUAAUAGCUUUGCCGUGCGGAGUAACCCUAUCAUAUUACACGCCUUUGCUCAGCUGUGGGAUUAUUAUAAAAAUACAAUUGCAGUAUGCCGAGAAGGUAACUAUGUAUGAAUAAUUAUAUUUGGAUAUAUAAUUGUAUUAUAUAUUAUUUCACUAUGCCUUGAAAACUAUUUCUCAUAUAGGUAACAAAUCAUAGAUAAUCUAAACCAUAGACAAUCUUCUCUGGGAAAAAAGCGGUGUUAUUUUUUAUGAGUUUUUUUGUUUUUAUUUUUUGAUUGUAAUAUUAUUAUUUGACACAAAAAAAAACACUGUAUAAGUUCUUAAGUUUCCAUUAUAACGGUUUACAAAAUAAAUGUGUUAUUAUGAAUACUUAUAGUUAAAUUAAUUGUUGAAUUUGAAUUGUUAUAUUGUGUCCUAACGUAGCGAUAUUGCUUGUAUAAAGAUCGUAUGGAAUUCGAAUAGUUGAUGAAAAGUUUCUUCUAAAGAACUAACUAAUUUAAAAUUAAUUAAAAAUGUAAUUAACACGUAGCAUUUUUUAGUAAAUUAAAAUUAUAGUCAUAAAUAAUAAAAUAAUGUAAAGAAACAGAAGUAAACUUGAUAAUAAUUAAAUAAUCUUAGGAAUGUCAUAAUUAACGAAUAUUUAAGGGCCAUGUAAAAUUAUAAUUAAUGUAUCGACAGGCGGUUUCCUGAGCGCUGAUUAAUACAAAAAUCUGUCAAGUGCCAGUCGGGCUCGCGACACUGACGAUUCGGCAAAAAUAAGCCAAAAAAUAGGUUGUGGGAAAAAUCCCUCAAAUUUAUCUGCCACCAACAAAUUAUGACCGUUUGCCUUACCUCGAUCUUUAUGUUUAAGUAAUUGUUGUUUUUGCGGCAGCAGAAAUACAUUGUCCGUUGAAAUUCUAACUGUUUAGAUAUCGCGAUUCAUGAGAGACAGCCUGUUGACAGUUACAGAUUUCCCGUUUUACCCAUUGAGUUCGCCUCAAAGCUAAAGUAAUUGAAUGUCAAAUCUCAUAUGAGCACUGUUUUGUAAGUCUUGUGUUAAAUUAUCAGUCGCUUAUCACUUGACAACAAAUUAUUUAUCAGCCUUUUGGAUACCGGCUAUUAGUCUGUAAAACUAAAUUAUACUACAUUUGUUUAGGUGCUUAAAAGAAAUAAAAAAACAAUUUUGAUGUGUCUUUUUAUACAACCACGUGUUCAAUAAACGUCAGUCGUUGAUUUAUUUAAUAAAAUCUGACUGUGUGAAAAUACACACCAUAAUUGUUGACAUUUUUAAGUACCUACACCAAUGAGUAUAUAAAUACUUAUUAUUUACUAUUUAUAUACUUACUAUUUAUUCCAAAAUUAACAAUAAUUAAUGCUUAAUAAUGUAUUUCGAAAACAUUCACUUGCAUUUUAAUUUGUUAACUUAUUUUGUUAAAUACACGAUUUGAAGUAUUAUUGUAAUAUUGAUGUUAUUAUUUAUUGUAAGUCACUUGUAAUCGAUGUUAUUCAAUAAAUGUUAUAAAAGAAC